UUUGCACUGGGAGGGGAAAGGCAACAGCUGGGGAUCCAUAGCAACCGUGGAUAAACAUGAGUUACUAUAUCAGACCCUCGAGCUCCUCCAGCUUCUCUUCUACUUCUACAGCCAGUGCACUGGAUGAUGACAGCAACAGCCUCAGACAGCAGAAGCUGGAGAAGCAGCGGGCGCUAUUGGAGCAGAAACAACGUCGAAAACGCCAGGAGCCCCUGAUGGUGCAGCCGAACCCAGAGGUGCGUCCGCGACGCUCUCGGCCCCGCCGCAGUGAGGAGCAGGCACCACUUGUUGAGUCGCGCCUCAGCGUCACCAGUGAUGUCAUCCUUGAUGCAGGUAUUGAUGGGCCAGCAACCUUCCUGGGAUCAGAAGCACCUGAUCUAGGGACCAAUAUACAGGUGCUGUCAGUAAGCCAACCAGAGAAGCCCUCUCCCCCUCCAGCUGAGGAGCCAGAGAGAGACGGAGACACAGACGCGCUGCUGGAGCCCAAAACAGACAUACACACACUACUACAGAGGCGAGGACUCUCAGGUAGUAUGAACUAUGAUGAAGUCAGUGAUGGUGAUGAUGAUGAUGAUGAUGAGUCUGAAGAUAGAGUCCGCUCACUUUCUCCUAACACAGAGUCCAUGCGUCCUGCCUCCGCCUCCAGCACCAAGUCCAGCACUGAGUGUGUGGCAGUGGGCUCACCCAUGGUGGAGGCCCCCUCCAUUGAGGUGGACAACCUGGAGGAGUUUGUGCUGCGGCCGGCCCCGCGGGGCAUUACUGUCAAGUGCCGGAUAACAAGAGAUAAGAAGGGCAUGGACCGCGGCCUGUACCCCACCUACUUCAUGCACUUGGAGCGAGAGGAUGGCAAGAAGCUAUUCCUGUUGGCUGGUAGAAAAAGGAAAAAGAGCAAGACCUCAAACUAUUUGAUCUCUGUGGAUGCCACGGACCUCUCUCGUGAAGGCGAGAGCUUUGUGGGGAAACUGAGGUCGAAUCUGAUGGGGACCAAGUUCACAGUAUAUGAUAAUGGAACAAACCCUAGCAAGAACCCAGGAGCGUUACUGGAGGAGAGCAACACAAGGCAAGAGCUAGCAGCUAUCUGCUAUGAGACCAAUGUGCUGGGAUUUAAAGGGCCACGCAAGAUGACAGUCAUCAUCCCUGGCAUGAAUAUGAACUUUGAGCGCGUUCCUGUUCGCCCCACUAAUGAUCAGGAGUCAUUAUUGAGCAAAUGGCAGACUCGGGCAAUGGAGAAUCUGAUUGAGCUGCACAAUAAGGCUCCAGUGUGGAACGAUGACACUCAGUCCUACGUGCUUAACUUCCAUGGAAGGGUCACGCAGGCCUCUGUGAAGAACUUUCAGAUUGUCCACGACAACGAUCCGGACUACAUCGUGAUGCAGUUUGGGCGUGUGGCAGAGGACGUGUUCACGCUGGACUAUAACUACCCCAUGUGCGCCCUGCAGGCCUUUGCCAUAGGCCUGUCCAGCUUUGACAGCAAACUUGCUUGCGAGUGACACACACCAGCCACCUCCAUGCUCUCACUCUCACACACACUCCUUUACACAGACCAACAGUGGCCCGUUGCAUAAAACAUCAUCUUUACUUAGGAUGAUUUGUUAAGAGCUACAUUUCCCUCAUUCAAAGUAAUUAAAUAAGUGUGUUGCUUAUAGCAUAUGAAAUGUAUUCCUUAGGUGUUAUUCUGUAGUUUCUUUCAAUUCUCAGUGUUUAAGUUUGUUUUCCGUGUCAUCAGCAAUGUUACAUUGUUGCUAUGGAGACCUUGGUCUUGUAGGUUAACCUUUUGCUACCGUGUGAUGAACCUAAGGGAAUAUUUUAACAAAACAUAUAAGGGGGAUCAUUUUUUUUGUGCAACUCACUUAACUUUCCCCAUAACAUUCUUCCUAGGUUUUAUGCAACUGAACACAGAACCACAUAUUUCCUAGCAGGGACCUUUUUCCUCCCAGUCAUCACUGAGAUUCGGUCCAGCAGAGCACACCUUUUCUCUCUCUGUACUGUUAGCACAAAACUCUCCUAAAAGUCAACUUUUCAUGAAAGUAAAAAAAUAUGUCCUGCUGUUCAGACAGCUUGGGAAGGGUGGUUCCUAUUGAUAUACAAUCAGGCAUAGAGGCAUAAUGUCCAAAAUGGAAAUAAGAUGAUCAACUGUCAAAAGCAAAAAGGGAGAGAUUUGUGUUUCCUUGCAAAAAUUAAGAGAAUGGAAUGUCAUCACUUCUACCAGUGUUGACUCUUGUAUGGUUAUCGUGGUUGUACAAUAACCUUUCCUGGGAACAGAAAUGAAAGCAUGACCAUUAAAUGUAGAGUUCAGGUUGUGACGGGUUUGGUUUUUAUGUUUUUUAAAACCUUUUAAAUGGUAUUGUAUAGUUGUUAAGUUACAUUUGUUUUUUAAAAUGUACUCCUUUUCUAAAGACUGACAUUUUUUACAUCAGUGUCAGAGUGGUUUUUGCUAGUUCUUUGCUGUCUGUUUUAAAGUGUUGCGAUGCUGGAAUCCUUUGUUUACUUUCUCCCCUUUACAAACCAUGACUCCUGGCCAUUUCAGUGUCCAAGCUCUGCUGCCUGAAGAGCUCCUAUACCAUAUAUUGAAGUGAAUGGAUCUAAUAGAGACGCCUUAUGCCCCACAAUUGUAAUUGUAGGAAUAUUACCUUCAGAAGAAAUAAAUGUGUUUCCUCUUUUGGCCAUUACACACAGCCUGUUUAUGCCCUCUGCCCCUUUAAUAUAUUUAUUUACCUAUGUUAACUUGUGACAGCCUCAAAUAUUGCAGAGUGAAAUUGUGAUCUAUCCUUUAAAUGUUCGUGUGGCCUUGAUAGGUUUUUCUAUCAGUAAAAUACAGUGCAAUGUUUCCCUCAUGAAAUGUAAAUACCAAUGAGAAAAUGUAGUAUUUUGGUAAUAAUGGCUGGUAAAUAUAAUUUAAAAAUGGCCUUAACUGUAAGUGUAGUGCAAAGAGUGCCUGGAUGCAGUAUAAUUGACAAUCGAGUCCACAUCAUGGGGAACUAAAGCACGGUUCUUUCCCUUUAAAUUAGUGAACUCCUGUAAUCCUGGUUUGUGUGUGUUUACAUUAUGUACUGUAUGUGAUUAAUCAGUCGAAGUUUACUGGAAAUAAAAAGCCCUAUUUUGUGAA